GGGGGAAUGGUUUGCGAUUUACCCACCCACUAACCGACCAGAUGAGAUGAGAGCACACGAAACAGCUGACUUUUUCCAUUAAUUCAACCUUCGACGAAAGCAUAUCUCCCUGGUCCACCGUCUCUAUAACAGCAUAUUCUCUUUCUGAGAAGCCAAGACCCGAUCGCAGACACCCCAAUUCCCAUCAGGUACCCAACAUCCCACUUACUUUCAUCCAUUCUGAUCUUGGGUUUCUACUUUAUUUCUCAAAAUUAGUAUCUGAUCCGGAUGCACACCAACUGUUCGACGAAAUUCCCAGCCGACAUAACUCCUUGUUUAUAGAUUCCCUCUUUCUGAUCGACUUGUAGGGUUAGGGUUUGUUUGGGAAUGAUUUGUUGCUGAAAGGUUGAUGUGGGACUCGCAUUUCAUCUGGGUUAACAAUGAAGCGUUUUGUCUACAUCAAUGAUGACGAUUCGUCGCACGAGCUUUAUUGUGAUAAUCGUGUAUCGAAUAGAAAGUAUACGUUGUUAAAUUUCAUCCCCAAAAAUUUAUGGGAACAGUUCAGCCGGUUCAUGAACCAGUACUUUUUGUUGAUUGCUUGCCUUCAACUAUGGCCGCUUAUAACACCUGUGAAUCCUGCUAGUACAUGGGGCCCGCUCAUAUUUAUAUUCGCAGUCUCGGCCACAAAAGAGGGAUGGGAUGACUACUGUAGAUAUAUUUCUGACAAGAAAGCAAAUGAGAAAGAAGUAUGGGUUGUAAGACAAGGUUCUAAGAAACUAAUUCAAGCUCAAGAUAUUCUCGUUGGUAAUCUGGUGUGGCUGCGUGAAAACGAUGAAGUUCCAUGUGAUCUCGUUUUACUUGGUACCUCUGAACCACAAGGAGUCUGUUAUGUCGAGACGUCUGCCCUAGAUGGUGAAACCGAUCUUAAAACAAGGAGCAUACCUCCUGCUUGCAUGGGUAUUGACUCUGAUUUGUUGCACAAAAUCAAGGGUGUAAUUGAGUGCCCAAACCCAGAUAAGGACAUUAGAAGAUUUGACGCAAAUCUACGUCUUUUUCCUCCAUUUAUAGAUAAUGAUGUGUGCCCGCUAACGAUAAAAAAUACAAUCCUACAAUCAUGCUAUUUACGGAAUACAGAUUGGGCUUGUGGUGUUGCUGUAUAUACAGGCAAUGAGACCAAAUUGGGCAUGAGUAGGGGUGUAGCAGAACCGAAGCUUACGGCUAUGGAUGCAAUGAUUGACAAAUUGACCGGUGCUAUUUUCAUUUUCCAGAUUGUAGUGGUAAUUGUUCUAGGCAUAGCUGGUAAUGUAUGGAAGGACACGGAAGCAAGAAAGCAUUGGUAUGUUUUAUAUCCAGAUGAGGGUCCGUGGUAUGAACUACUGAUCAUCCCUUUGCGAUUUGAGCUUCUUUGUUCUAUCAUGAUACCCAUAUCUAUUAAGGUGUCAUUAGAUCUAGUUAAAAGCUUGUAUGCAAAGUUCAUCGACUGGGAUAAACAAAUGGUUGACGUAGAGACUGCAACGCCAGCGAAUGCAACCAACACAGCAAUAAGUGAAGACCUGGGACAAGUUGAGUACAUACUCACAGAUAAAACCGGGACACUUACAGAAAACAAGAUGAUUUUCAAGAGGUGUUGCAUAGCAGGGACAUUCUUUGGUAAUGAGAACGGAGAUGCUGUAAAAGAUGUGGAGCUACUCAAAGCCAUCAAUACUGGUUCUCCAGAUGCUAUUAAAUUUUUAACGGUUAUGGCAAUAUGCAACACCGUUAUUCCUAUCAAAAGCCCGAGUGGCAUAGUUACAUACAAGGCACAGUCACAGGAUGAGGAAGCUCUAGUGCGUGCAGCUGCUUCGAUGCAUAUGGAUUUUGUUAACAAAAAUGCUAAUAUUCUUGAAAUCAACUUCAACGGUUCAUUAAUUCAGUAUGAGGUGCUGGACUACCUUGAGUUCACCUCUGAUCGGAAACGAAUGUCGGUGGUUGUUAGAGAUUGCAGUAGCAACAAAAUCAUCCUUUUGUCUAAAGGAGCAGACGAAGCUAUUCUCCCUUGUGCAUAUGCCGGAUUUCAAACGAAGACGUUUUAUGAAGCUGUAGACCAGUAUGCGCAAAUGGGUCUUCGUACUUUUUGUUUGGCGUGGCGGGAAUUAAAUGAGGUUGAGUAUCAUGAUUGGUCUUUGUUGUUUAAAGAAGCUAAUAGUACGUUAGUUGACAGAGAGUGGAGAGUAGCAGAGGUUUGCCAAAGAUUAGAACAGGACCUUGAAAUACUCGGGGUUGCUGCAAUUGAGGACCGUUUACAGGAUGGUGUGCCUGAAGCUAUCGAAACACUCAGAAAAGCUGGAAUAAAUUUUUGGAUGCUGACUGGAGACAAGCAAAAUACUGCCAUACAGAUUGCUUUGUCAUGUAAUUUUGUUUCUCCAGAACCAAAAGGCCAACUUUUAUUGAUUAACGGGAAAACCGAGGAUGAAGUUUGUAGAAAUCUUGAACGAGUUUUGCUUACAAUGAGAAUAACAAAAGCGGAACCUAAGGAUGUGGCUUUUGUUAUCGACGGAUGGGCUCUAGAAAUCGCACUGAAAAAUUACCGGAAAGCAUUCACAGAGCUGGCAAUAUUGUCGAGAACAGCUAUAUGUUGUCGGGUUACACCAUCACAGAAGGCACAGCUUGUAGAGCUUCUUAAAUCUUGUGACUAUCGAACUCUGGCCAUUGGGGAUGGCGGGAAUGAUGUACGAAUGAUCCAACAAGCGGAUAUCGGUGUCGGCAUAAGCGGGAGAGAAGGGUUGCAGGCAGCAAGGGCUGCUGAUUAUAGUAUCGGGAAGUUUAGAUUCCUUACAAGAUUGAUACUUGUUCAUGGACGAUAUUCAUAUAACCGCACUGCCUUUCUUUCACAAUAUUCAUUCUAUAAGUCAUUGCUCAUAUGCUUCAUCCAGAUAUUCUUCUCAUUUGUUUCAGGUGUUUCUGGUACCAGCCUUUUCAACUCUGUCAGCCUCAUGGCUUAUAACGUUUUCUACACGAGUGUUCCUGUGUUAGUUAGUGUUCUUGAUAAAGAUCUCAGUGAAAAAACCGUCAUGCAGCACCCACAAAUAUUGUUUUACUGCCAAGCUGGCAGGCUUCUUAAUCCUACCACGUUUGCUGGAUGGUUUGGGCGUGCUCUUUUUCACGCAAUUGUUGUGUUUGCAAUAACUAUGCAUUCGUAUGCCUUUGAGAAAAGUGAAAUGGAAGAGGUUUCGAUGGUGGCACUUUCUGGGUGUGUUUGGUUGCAGGCUUUUGUAGUCACAUUAGAAACCAACUCAUUUACAAUAUUGCAACACGUUGCCAUAUGGGGGAAUUUAGUAGUUUUCUAUAUUAUCAAUUGGAUUGUGAGCGCAUUGCCACGGUCUGGGAUGUACACCAUCAUGUAUCGCCUGUGUAGACAGCCGGCUUACUGGAACACCAUGUUUCUCAUAGUGGCAGCAGGGAUGGGCCCAGUACUAGCGUUAAAGUAUUUCAGAUACACAUACAGAUCAAGUAAAAUCAAUAUUCUCCAACAAGCCGAGCGUUUGGGUGGGCCCAUCCUGUCACUGGGAAACAUCGAGCCACAACCAAGAACCUUGGACGACACUGAUGAUCGCUCCCCCUUGUCGAUUUCGCAAUCCAAAAAUGGGAGGAGUUCUGUGUUUGAGCCACUUCUCUCUGAUUCACCAAGUGCAGUGAGACGAUCGUUCGGACCAGGUGCGACGUUUGAUUUUUUCCAGUCUCAAUCCAAAUCGUCAAACUAUCCUAGAAAUAAGGACAAUUAACACCCGCGUUCCUCAACGUCAAAUUUAUAGUAUAAAUCCAUAGGACACAUAUAUUUUGUAAAGCUGUACUUGAGAUUAGCAAUGAGUUCAUUCAGUAUGCCGAGCAACUUUUUUGCUUUCUAUGUUCUUUAUCAUGUCAAGUUUGAUGACACGGGUGAAGAAGGAUAGGGCAUAGACUAAUUCAGUCGUAAAAACAAGCAUACAUCUUUGAUGGAAGUCUACUGCUUUUUUGACAGUUUUAACACCAGAAUAUUGGUCUACUUAUUUUGGUCGUCUCAAGUCAAUAUGAGUGAAGCAGACUUUCUUGUA